AGCUGUGUAUUUAAGACUUGUUUGAGACGGUGGUGACGCACUCCUAGAACAUGGAGCCACCUGCAUCUGGUCACGGGUCUAAACCCAGGUCUGAACCUGUUGAUAGAACUUCAUUUGAGAGAUGUGAAUCCUCCGAUGAUGAAGAGUAUACAGACACUCCUGCUAAAGACCACAGCUCCUACAACACGGCGAUGAGACCUGAAUCUGGUCCCGGGUCUAAACCCAGGUCUGAACCUGUUGAUAGAACUUCAUUUGAGAGAGGGGAAUCCUCCGAUGAUGAAGAGUAUACAGACACUCCUGCUAAAGACCACAGCUCCUACAACACGGCGAUGAGACCUGAAUCUGGUCCCGGGUCUAAACCCAGGUCUGAACCUGUUGAUAGAACUUCAUUUGAGAGAUGGGAAUCCUCCGAUGAUGAAGAGUAUACAGACACUCCUGCUAAAGACCACAGCUCCUACAACAUGGAGCCUCCUGCAUCUGGUCACGGGUUUAAACCCAGUCCUACUCCUGCUCCCAACUCUCUGUGUCUGAAAAGUGACCACUCUAAGGACUUUUUUCAAGAGUUUAGAGAUAUUCCUGCUAAAGUCAAGAGGGAGCCAGGCCCAAAGGAGCAGCUGGAUGCCAUAUUCAAGCAUCUGGAGGAGGACGUCCUGACUUUUGUCAAAGAGCAGCUGCAGAGGCUCCACAGGCUCCUGGCCUCAGAUUACCCAGAAUGCUCUGAGAGUGAGGAGGAGGAGCAGAGCAGCAGAGAGGCGGUUCUGAACAUCACCCUGGACUUCCUGAGGAGGAUGGACCAGGAGCAGCUGGCCCAGCGCCUGCAGGACAGAAACACUGUUGGAGUUUGUAAAGAUAAACUGAAGAGGCAUCUGCAGCAGAGGUUCAGUCGAGUGUUUGAGGGCGUGGCUAAAGCAGGAGACUCCACCCCCCUGACCCAGAUCUACACAGAGCUCUACAUCACAGAGGGCGGAGCCUCAGAGGUCAACCAGGAACAUGAGGUCAGACACAUGGAGACUGCAUCCAGGAGACCAGCUGUUCCAGAGACCACCAUCACAUGUGAAGACCUCUUUAAACAGCCUGAAGACAGACACAAAAAUAUCAGAGUUGAGGAGACUAUGAAAAAGAGCACACUUUCAACAAUAGUUACAAAUACUCUUCCUGGACCAAUUAAAACAGAGCAGACAAAGCAAUCAGUGAGAACACAGGCAAAGGCACCAAUCCAGACAGUGCUGACGAAGGGUGUGGCCGGUGUAGGGAAAACAGUGCUAACUCAGAAGUUCUGUCUGGACUGGGCUGAAGGCAGAGCCAACCAGGACCUCCAGCUGCUGUUCCCGUUCACUUUCAGAGAGCUCAAUGUGCUGAGAGACACACAGUUCAGCCUGGUGGGACUGAUGCACCACUUCUUCAGUUCAUCCAAAAGUCUCCGCAGCUUCCAACAGCUCCAGGUGCUGUUCAUCUUUGACGGUCUGGACGAGUGCAGACUUCCUCUGGACUUCAGCAGUACUCAGGUCCUGACCGACCCCACAGAGUCCACCUCAGUGCAUGUGCUGCUGGUGAAUCUCAUCAGGGGGAGCCUGCUUCCCUCUGCUCAUGUCUGGAUAACCACACGCCCUGCUGUAGCCAAUCAGAUCCCUGCUGAAUGCAUUUCCAUGGUGACAGAGGUGCGAGGGUUCGCUGACGUGCAGAAAGAACAGUACUUCAGGAAGAGGUUCAGAGACCAGGCCACAGCCGUCAUCUCCCACAUUAAGAGCAUCCGCAGCCUCCACAUCAUGAGUCACAUCCCGAUCUUCUGCUGGAUCCUCUCCACAGUUAUACAGAAGCUUCUGGAACAAACAGAGAAACUAGAGCUUCCCCGGAAUCUCACACAGAUGUACAUCCACUUCCUGGUGGUGCAGGCCAAAGUUCAGAACAUCAAGUACCACCAGGGAUCAGAGGUGGACCUUCACUGGACUCCAGAGACCAGGGAGAUGAUCUGGUCUCUGGGAAAACUGGCCUUUGAGCAGCUGAAGAAAGGAAACCUGAUCUUCUACGAGUCUGACCUGAGCGAGUGUGGCCUGGACGCUGCAGCAGCCUCAGUGUACUCCGGAGUGUUCACACAGGUCUUUAGAGAGGAGCCAGGCCUGUACCAAGACAAGGUCUACUGCUUCAUCCAUCUGAGUGUGCAGGAGUUUCUGGCUGCGCUUCACGUCCAUCAGACCUUCUUCAGCUCUGGAGAGAACCUGCUGAAGACACCACACUGCUCUCAGCAUCCUGAGUCUGAGUCAGUCUUCUAUCAUUCUGCUGUAGACCAGGCCUUACAGAGUCCAAACGGACACCUUGACCUCUUUCUUCGCUUUCUCCUGGGACUUUCUCUGCUAACCAAUCAGUGCCUACUUCGGGGUCUGCUGACUCAGACGGGAAGUGACCGGACCAAUCAGGAGACAGUAAAACACAUCAAAGAGAAGCUGAAUGAAAAGGGUCUGUCCGCAGAGAGAAGCCUGAACCUGCUCCACUGUCUGAACGAGCUGAAUGACCACAGUCUGGUGGAUGAGAUGCUUAGAUACAUGAGAGAAGGACGAAUUUCCACAUUAAGUUCUCCUGCUCUUUGGUCGGCUCUGUCCUUCCUCUUACUGUCCUCAGAGUCAGACCUGGAGGAGUUUGACCUGAAGAAAUACCAGGCCUCAGAGACAGCUCUCCUGGGUUUACUGCCGGUGGUCAAAGCCUCCACCAAAGCCCUUCUGAUUGGCUGUGGCCUGUCCGCUCACAGCUGUGGUCCUCUGGCCUCAGUCCUCAGCUCCUCCAGUCUCACACACCUGGAUCUCAGUCACAACGACCUCCAGGACUCAGGAGUGGAGCAGCUGUGUUCUGGACUGAAGAGGGCCCCCUGCAGACUGGAGACUCUCAGACUGUCUGGAUGUCUGGUCUCAGAGAGGGGCGGGGCCUCUCUGGCCUCAGCUCUGAGCUCCGCCCCCUCCCAUCUGAGAGAGUUAGACCUGAGCUACAACCAUCCAGGACCCUCAGCUGAGCUCCUGACCACUCUACGGGACGACCCCCACUGCCCCCUGCAGUCUCUCAGGUUGGAUCCUGCUGGAGAACAGUGGAUGGUCCCAGGUCUGAGGAAGUAUUCCUGUGAGUUUUCUCUGGAUCCAAACACAACGCACAGAAAACUCAAACUGUCUGAGGACAAACAGACAGUGACCUGUGUGAGAGAGGAGCAGCAGUAUCCAGAUCAUGAGGACAGAUUUGCAGACUAUCGUCAGGUCCUGAGCUCCACUGGCCUGAGGGGGCGCUGUUACUGGGAGGUGCAGUGGAGCAAUUGUGCUGAAAUAGCAGUGAGUUACAAAGGAAUCAGACGGAGAGGAAAGAGGGAGCAGUGUGAGUUUGGAGGGAAUGACCAGUCGUGGAGUCUGAAGGUCUCUUUUGGGCGUUACUCUCUCUAUCACAACCACGGGCAAACAGACCUGCUCUCCUCCUCCUUCUUUUCCUCUUUACGUGGCUCAGGUCGAGUGUCUGUGUUCCUGGACUCUGAGGCUGGAUCUCUGUCCUUCUAUGAGGUCCACUCUGAUGGAAAACUGUUCCAUCUCCACACCUGCAGCUCUUCCUUCACUGAGCCUCUGUUUCCUGGGUUUGGAGUGAUGUUUGAAGGUGACUCUGUGUCUGUGGUGGAUCUGUGGUGAGUGCCCUGUGGUGGACAUAUGUGACUUUUAUGAUAUAAUGAUCCUGUCCAUCUAUCUGUUCUAAAUCAGUAAAAAU